CUAAACUAAACCCUAAUUCCCCUUUCGCUCUCUCUCUACAGAUCCGAAAUCAAUCACCCAGAUCUCCUUCAUCUAUGGAAGACGACGAAGAAAUCCAGUCCCAGCCCUCUCCGGUUUCCAACGGGAGGAUCGCCGUCACCGUCGCCGCCGCCCCCCCACCGCCAUCCUCCAACUCCCUCACCCUCGCUCUCCCCAUCCAGAACCAGAAAACCCCCGGCUCCGGCGGCAGCCGUGAGGAUUGCUGGAGCGAAGGCGCCACCGCCGUCCUAAUCGAGGCCUGGGGCGAGAGGUAUUUGGAGCUCAGCCGCGGGAAUCUCAAGCAGAAGCACUGGAAAGACGUCGCCGACGUUGUUAGCAGCCGCGGGGAUUACUCUAAAACCCCCAAAACCGACAUCCAGUGCAAAAACCGGAUCGAUACCGUUAAGAAGAAGUAUAAGGCCGAGAAGGCCAAGAUCGCUGCCGGCGCAGGCCCGAGCAAGUGGCGAUUUUACGACAAGCUCGACGAAUUGAUCGGCCCUACUGCAAAGAUGACCUCCGCUGCCACGCCGCCGCCGGAUCCCAGUAAUCCCUAUCAAAGAGUUCCGAUGGGAAUACCAGUAGGAAUUAGGUCAAAUUCUGCCCAGCCUCAGCAGAAGCCUAACCGCAAAAGGCCUGCUGUUGACUCCGAUGAUGAAUCUGAACCGGAUAAUUCAGCUGAUUCAUCCGAUGGUUUGCCUCCAGAUAGCUACAAGAGGCCGAUGAUGCCUAGAGUGGUAAAUAAUGUGCGUGCAAUUAGGCCUAAUUUGAUGAAUAAGAAGAAUGGUGGGAGUGGGAAUUCAAUGAAGGAGCUCACUCGGGCUAUCUUGAAAUUUGGUGAGGCAUAUGAGCAAGCCGAGACUGCAAAACUUCAGCAGUUGGUGGAGAUGGAGAAGCAGAGGAUGAAGUUUGCAAAGGAGUUGGAGUUGCAGAGAAUGCAGUGUUUCAUGAAGACUCAGGUAGAGCUAUCGCAGCUCAAGAAUAGGCGGUCUGAGACUAACAACAGCCACCACCACGGCCAUGGGAUCAUCGGCAAUAACGACAAUGCCGAAAACAACAAGAAUAACAACAACAGUGAUAGCAGUGAUUGAGGAUGUGAGUAGACAAGUAGGGUAUGUAUUUGUACAAGUAUAAUUGUUUGGUAUUUGAAUCUCUUAGGUUGAGUUUCUUACUUGUUUCCUUUGUCUGUAAUACUACCAUUGCCAUUGUUGCCAUUGCUGCUGCAUUGGGGUAAAAAGGCUGAAUCUUGUGCAUAAGCUAUAAUUAGAGUUAUUCUAGUUGUCAUUUUUCAUGCC